AUGUUAGGCACAAAAUUAUUACUAAUACUUGCGCCAAUAUUAUUGGUGGAAGCUCAAAACAGCUUACCGCGGGCGUCGAAUGGAUUUUCACGUAGAUUACCAUUACGCAGACCAUUCAUACGACCAAGACCCGUUGUUACAUCAAUUCCAAAUGUUCCAAUAACAACAGAAAAAAUUGAAAUUACCACGGUGCCACAACCUCCCAUAACACAUCCGAUAGAAGAAAAUAAUAUAGUACAUGAUCGCACGGUUAUUGUUCCUCCUCAAUCUACUGAGCUAACUAUUAUAUAUCCAGAAAAUUAUAAGCCAGCCACCUCUUCGCAACCAUCUUCAAGACUGAGAAUGCCAGUUAGACUAACAUCAUUUCAACUAAGACCAGCUGAUUCCAAUUACGUAGCCCCAACAACAGUGCCACCAACUCCGCCUACUCCAUCGCAUUUCAAUUUUAGGCCUCGUUUAUACGUUACCUCACAACCUGCAGUUAUACCUGAAUCGGUUAAACCAGUUGAUAUAGUUGCCCCAACCGAAUCAAUCCUUUCACAAUCCACUGAAAAACUGCCCGAAUUUUUGGCGUUUGAAUCUAAUGAACCUGUUAACAAGCCUGUGCCUGCAUCAAUAGAACCAGCCGCUGAACCAACAAAGUAUAUUAUUAAACCAUCAGAGACUGAACCAAUAGAGCCUGCUCCUAAACCACUAGAGCCCGUUCCUGAACCGUCUGUGACUGUUCCUGAACCAAUAAAGUCUGUUCCUGGACCAAUAGAGUCUAUUCCUGAACCAAUACAGUCUGUUCCUAAGCCCAUAGAGUCUGUUCCUGAACCAGUAGAGUCUGUACCUGAACCUGUUCCUGAACUGGUUCCUACAUCUGUUCCAUCCUUGGAAACAUUUGAACCGCCCACGCCUUCAAUCAGUAUGCCUUUAAAUUCGCAUCCUAUCAUAACUGAAGAACCAGCCCCUCCUGCAACUACUCAACAACCUGCUAUAAUUCUACCUCCAGCAUCCACUACAGUAAAACCCAUUGAAAAUAGACAGCCUGAAAUUAUCCCUACAAGGCCACCAACAAUUAUAAAACCCGUUUCUGUGGCUCCAAGUGAAAUUCCAAAAGAGAUCUCGCCCGUGGAUGAUAGCAUCAAGCCUUUUAUGGAUGACGUUAACCCUCCUGUCUCAGAAUCAGGACCCGUUAUUAUUGUUGAAAAUAAUAAUAAACCUAACAUAAACUGGUAUCCAGCGAAACAAAAACCCAAACCAACAUUAGCUGUUCCUUCUGCAACUGAAAUUUAUUCCUAUAAACCAACGGCUGCUACCAACAAACCAAUAGUGCGACCUGUUUCCACUGCUAAGCCCUGGUCUCAACCUUCCGUAGAUCUAUACUCAUAUGUUAACCGACUCCACAAUUACAGUUGCAGAAGUAGCGAUGGAUACGAAUCAGUCUUAAAUCAAUGUGACGCCUAUGUUGAAUGCAAGCAAAAUAUGGCAUUCCACAAUAUAUGCCCUGAUGGACUUCAUUUUAACCCUGCCGCGAAAUGGCCAGAAUAUCCCUGUGGAUAUCCUUCAGAAGUUAAAUGUGAAAGCCAAGCUGUAAUACAGAAACCACGGCCAAUUGGACAGUGUCCUCAUCGCUAUGGCUUCUACCCCAUCCCGGAUGGUGACUGUGGACAAUAUAUAAUGUGCCAAGAGGGUUCAGCUACAAUAAUGUCUUGUCCACCAGGCCUCGCUUUUAGCUCAAUAACGAAUAGUUGCGAUUGGCCGGCGAAUGUACCGGGCUGCAAUCCUAAUAUAUUUCAAGGAUUCACUUGUCCAGCCCCAACACUGGACAAAUAUGGCAAACAAAUCAAUAACAACUCCAAGUACAGAUAUAAAAACAGCUGCAAUCAAUACAUCGCUUGCUACAAAGGAAAGCCACGUCUCCUCAGCUGUGACGUUGGCACGUCCUUUGACGCAAGAUCCGGAACCUGUAUCGACACAGACCAAGUCGUGGAUUGUCAACAC